AAAGGGCCAAUGCUUCUCGGACUCCGCCUCGUAGAACGCCUAGUGUUACGCGAUUAUUGGUGGGGUUAGGAUAGGCGAACGAUCAGUAACAUCAGACAAACUGCUGCCUGCGAGAAAAGCAAUGAUGGCUCACCGGCACGCUGCACCUCGCCCACUAUUGCGGCAGCGAGUGGCCUUCAGCUGAAGAUGGAGAGGGCGUUAAAAGCCUUGACUCAGCCUGAUAUGAAAGGCUGACAGCCAGGCCCAUCUCCGACUCUUCUUACUCGCAGUCAUGACCGACGAAGGACGACAGACAACGCCGAAGGAGCAUAUCGAUGACCAACAGCAGACAGGAAAGGUUGCGAGGGAGCGCGCAGGGGUAGUGAAAGGGAAGGGGGCUGAAAUCGUCGCAAAAUAUGUUACGGGAAAGAAUGUCCAGAUCACAGAAGUCAUCGAGAGCAAGCAAAAGAGGAAGAAGCUUUAUGUUGCGUUUAGCCGGAAGACCUCGAACUCGAAGAUGGAGUAUCAAUUGACUGAGACAAAGGACGAUACCACAAAGCUCUACAGGAACGGGAAGUGGUUUCCUGAGACCGAAGUCUAUGUGAUCAAAUGAGACACCUGAACCAAUCAAUGGAACGAGGCUUGACCGGUGAAGAAGCACAUCGAUAUUUAGUUCCCAGCUGAGAAUGUCAACUAUUUUCGUCUGUUAAA